AUGGUAGGAAGCGAGAGAAGAGACGAAAGGGUUGUGGUUGCGAUUGAUCGAGACAAAGGAAGUCAGGCUGCACUGAAAUGGGCUGUUGAUAAUCUUGUAACCUCGGGAGAGACUAUUACUCUUGUUCAUGUCAAACUCAAACAAACUCUAGCUAUAAAUGCCAACACCAAUAAGUCUAGUGAUGACGUCAAGGAAUUGUUCCUUCCAUUCCGCUGCUUCUGCACCAGAAAAGACAUAAAAUGUGAAGAUGCGGUAUUGGAGGAUGUGGAUGCAGCUAAAGGAAUCAUAGACUAUGUCCAACAGAAUGCAAUUGAUAUUCUAGUAAUGGGUGCAUCCAAGAUGACUCUGUUGAAACGGUUCAAAGCGGCAGAUGUUACCAGCAUGGUGAUGAAAGGAGCAGCUAAUUUCUGCACGGUUUAUGCAAUAUCUGGAGGUAAAAUAUCCUCAGUUAGAUCAGCUACGUCUUCACCUCCUCCACUUUGCACAAUACCACAAAUAACAGCUCGGCCUAGUAACAACUCAAUGGGCCAACAGAGAACACAGGACGAGAUCGAGAUCAAGUAUAAGUAUGUUCCGUAUACAUCAACGUACUUGUUGUCUCAAAGAGGAUUUGACCAGGCCUCAGUAACAGACUCCGACAUAUCGCUUGUGAGUAGUGGUAGGCCAAGCGUCAACUCUAUUUACUCUGAGUUCGAAGACAACCGAUGCAGCUUUGCCACAUCAUCAGGCUCAUCAGAGAAGCAAUCCGUAGACUUGGGUUCUUCAUAUUCUGCAUUCUCUUCAAGCUCUCACGAAAGUGAGAGACUCUCCACGUGGUCACUCCAGGAUGAUGUAGAAGCUGAGAUGAGAAGAUUGAAAAUGGAGCUCAGGCAUACUAUGGAAAUGUAUAGAACUGCCUGUAAAGAAGCAAUCAAAGCCAAGAAAACGAGAAAUGAGUUACAGAAAGGGAAAGUAGAGAGGCAACAUAAGUUAGAAGAAGCAAGACUUGCCAAGGAAGCGGCCAUGGCAAUGGCAGAGAAUGAGAAGGCAAAGACCAGAGCAGCAAUGGAUGCAGUAGCGACCGCUAAUAGAAUAGCAGAAAUAGAAGCACAGAAGAGAAACCAAAUCGAAACGGCAUUUCUGAGAAAAACAGAAGAUAACAACAGAGCCAUGUCUUCUUUAGGCAAGAGUGAUAGAAGGUAUAGGGAAUAUACAAUUGAUGAGAUUGAACAAGCAACAGAAAAUUUCUUAAUAACUAACAAGAUUGGAGAAGGAGGUUACGGACCUGUUUACAAGGGUACUUUAGAUUACACAAAAGUGGCCAUAAAAGUCUUGAGACCGGACGCAACACAAGGAAGAUCACAAUUCCAGCAAGAAGUGGAAGUCCUUACCUGCAUAAGACAUCCAAACCUGGUUCUCUUGCUAGGAGCCUGCUCAGAUUACGGUUGUUUAGUCUAUGAAUACCUUGAAAACGGUAGCUUAGAAGACUGUCUCCUCAAACGAGGAAACUCUCCAGUUCUGUCAUGGCAGCUAAGGUUCCGCAUUGCAGCUGAAAUCGCCACUAGUCUUAAUUUCCUUCACCAGAUGAAACCAGAGCCACUCGUGCACCGUGACCUGAAACCAGCUAACAUAUUACUUAACCAGCAUAUGGUCAGCAAGAUCGCUGACGUCGGUCUUGCUAGGCUAGUCCCUCCCUCAGUCUCUGAUACCGUAACACAGUAUAGAGUGACGUCAACUGCUGGAACCUUGUCUUAUAUUGAUCCUGAGUAUCAACAAACGGGUAUGCUUGGAACUAAAUCAGACAUAUACUCAUUCGGGAUCACGCUCUUGCAAAUACUUACAGCGAAGCCACCAAUGAGCUUGACACACAAAGUCCAAAAGGCAAUUGAAGAAGGGACGUUCGCUGAGAUACUAGAUCCUAAUGUUCCUGACUGGCCACUUGAAGAGGCAUUAGUUUUAGCAAAAAUUGGUUUACAAUGCUCAGAGUUAAGGCGGAAAGACAGACCUAACUUGGGAAAGGAUGUGUUGCCUGAGCUUAAAAGACUCAUGGAUUUAGCAGAAGAAAGCAUGUCUAUCAUGCGGUCUUUACCGAACUGCUGUCACUGUCAGAAUAACAUUAACAGCCGAACUGAUAGUGUAGCAUCCACGACUUCAAUCCAAGAGAUACAAAGCGAUCCAUCUUUCAACAAAUAUGGGAAUGGUGAGAGGUCUAAAUACUGCGCAUCCUCUUGA